AUGUCUUCCCCAGGACCUCUUUUCAUUGUCGGUACCGGUCCCAUGAUCGGAUCUCACAUUCCCCGCCUUUUCGCGACCCACACUUUUACACACAUUGCACUCUUUGCACGUUCUGAAUCCACCCUCUCUGCAUCCCGCGACUUCAUUACCGCCGCAGCUCCAUCAGCUAAAAUCCACACCUACACAGCCGAUGUGAUCGAUACCCCCGGUCUAACAUCCGCUCUCCAGACCGCCGUUAAAGAAGUCGGGUCCCCAGAAGUAGUAGUCUACAAUGCGGCCCGCGUCAGCUACGGAAAUUUCGGCGAGUACAGCGAAGCCGACAUUGUUGAGGAUUUCAAAAUUCCAAACUUGGGAUUGUACACAACUGCAAAAGUGUUGCUUCCAGGUUUACAAGCAUUAGCAAAGGAGAAGCCGGAGUCUCACCCUUCGCUUUUUGUCACCAGUUCGCCCAUUAUUUAUCAACCUUUUGCACCUGUGUUUUCACUCAGUAUGGCAAAGGCUGCACAGGCGAACUUGGUUAAGUUGUUGAUUGAGCAGACAAAGGAUGAGGUGCACGUUGCUCUUGUGACGAUUGGAGGUCCAGUCAGCGAACAAGAGCCGGUUAAUAACCCAAAACAUAUCGCUACUAAGUUUUGGGAGUUAUGGGAGCAGAAGAAGGGAAGCAGAGAUGUUGAGUUGUUCCGCAUCGCCCUCAUGCAAGCUGCACGCCACGAGACAACCUCUUGGGAAGAGAUGGCUUUAGAGCCAAUCGAUCAACACCAACAAACCAAUCCCCCUGAUAUUGGCCUGUUACCUUACACUGGCAUGGGAUUUGAAAAUGGGGCUGAUUGGUCAUAUGGUGAUAUCGAAUCAGUUGGGGGCUUCUUUCUCGCACCAGUCUCCAGUGGGCCUUUCGAAGUCACGGGGUCGGAGACAUCAUUCGAUUUUCCGAAUAGUGCGGUUACAAUAUACCCUAAUGUCGACUUUCACAGCUUUUCGGUUCCAUACUUUCCAAUGGAAGCAUCUGUUGAGAAUGGAAACUUUCUGGGCAUGAAUAUGAAUGCUAUCGAACUAGAUUUCUUCAACGGAUUCCCAGGCGUUGAUUAUGCCAAUGCCAUCGCCCCCAAUCAUCUGGCCCCUAUGGCUGGUCCGGCCAUAUACCCACCACUCUUCAUUAACCCAGACAGUACUUCCUACGUACCGGCCCAAGCACCUGCUCAACAGCCUGUUUUCCCAUCCGGACAACAAGCCCCCCAACGUACUAUAUGUACGCUCUGUCCACGUACUUUCUCUCGUCGAUCUGAUCUUCCACGCCACAUAGCAUCCGUUCACGGAGUAGGACGUCGCGCUCAUCAGUGUCCCAGACCCGGCUGUGGAAAGACUUACAGCAGAAGCGACAAGGUUUUGGAGCAUAGAAGAAAGGCAGGACAUUAG